AUGGCUGACCUCAAGCAAGACAUUGAAUACCAAAUACAAUGUCCGCCAACCCCAAAUAGCCUUUCUUUUCGAAUGCUGCCACCAGCCUUCCAUCGCCACGGAGUGACAUAUGACUAUUUGAUACUAUUUAAUAGCGAAUGCCAGUUCUCGAUGAUGACAUGGCAACAAAUAUAUCUUGGCUUGUGGUUCUCAGAGGCCGCAAGCUUCUUUGCACUCCACAGCUGGAGCUCGCCUCAUCACCGUCCACAUUUUAGGCUCUUCCCAGCUUCGGUCAAGUUCCACUAUCUGAAGUUGAUGGUGAAUAUUGGGUGUAGAGGGCGAGUUUAUCGCCUUGCUGGCCCAUAA